GUCACUUAUGUAAGGAACUGUAAUUCUCGGACCAUUCUCAGCAUACGUUUAGCCUGGAGAAUAGUGGAAAUUUGCUCAUACUGCAGCACAGUUUUCGUGGGUGUAUUUCACCUGCGAUGAAUAUAGAAAAGCAGUAAUUUACCAAAGGAAAUAUGUCGAAUUCUAAAAAGGCUGCGCUGUUCAUUUGCUUGGGAAAUAUUUGCCGGUCACCAAUAGCAGAAGCCGUGUUCAAGCAUCUUCUCGAUGAAAAAGGAAAGUUAGAUGAAUGGGAGGUGGACAGUGCCGCUCUAGGUUCAUGGCAUGUUGGCGGAAGACCUGAUAGACGUGCUGACAAGAUCUUAAAAAAUCAUGGUAUUGAUUAUUCUCAUAAAGUCCGUCAGAUCACGAAAGACGACUUCAAAAAAUUUGACUUCAUAUUUGGAAUGGACGAAAGCAAUAUGCGAGAUCUGAACAAACAAAAACCAACCGGUUCAAAGGCUCAGUUAAUUUUACUUGGGUCCUAUGAUCCUGAAGGAGAACGUAUAAUUCGGGAUCCAUAUUAUGACGACGAUGAUGCUGGCUUUGAGAAGUGCUAUCAGCAGUGUGUUCGUUCCUGUAGGGCAUUCUUAGACACUCAUCAGUAGAAAAUGUGUGAUCAGAUUGGUUUGGAAGUAAAGGUUGUGAUCACCGUGCCCAUAAUUUCAUCAGUGAAUGUUUCGAACAGGUUUACAGUAUGCGAACUAAAUGUGUGUGCUUGCAGAAUUUGAGUUUUAUUAGCAAUUACAAAACACAGUAGAUCAGCCUGGUCCAUGUACUGGAACUGGUCAUUAAGAUUUACUGAAGACGUUUUGCAGCUUUCAAGUAUAUAAAUGUAGUUUGAGGUUACGGUUAAGAAGGGCAGUGGUUAGUAACACUUUCAACUUUGUUUUCAAUUCAGAGUAACUAAAUUUUGGACUAUGUAAGGUUGCACUGUUUCUAUUACUGUUGUCAGUAAUAUAAAUUUAGGGUAAGAUAUGCAUACAUGUCCAUGUCAUUGAAACUGUAUCCUAGCUGUAGUGUAAUUUAGUCCAAGACAAAUUUUUAUUGUGGUGUGUUUCUAGACUUCUUGACAUUCCUGUGAAACAUAAGCUGCUUGCCAAUAGGAAGCAGGAUUUGCUUAGAAGAACUAUACAAAUUUGAAGAUAGCACAAGCUACCUAAGCUAACUGUAUUAUCUUAUAAGAAUACCAAAGUUCAUUGUGUUAACUGAUAUGUUUGUGGGUUAUAUCAUUUAUCAUCUCAGACUGCAUCUAUAGUAAUAAUGCCUAUCUUACAUAUAAUUUCAUGCGAACAACUUCUGCUUGUUAAUUGGCCUUGGGACCAAAGUAUUUUCAACAUAAUAAAGAAAUGUCCAUAUUUGUACCUCUUUGAGCUGGUUUAAUCGUUGAAUGCACUGGCACCUUGAUGUAACAGGACCCUGACACUGAACUUUCAACUUUAACCCAUUAUUUAAGAAUUGAUUUAGUGGGUGCCACUUGAAUUUGUCACAGGAAUCUGAUAAAGGUUAUAUGCGUGAAAGUGGUGGUAAACUAGGAAGCUGAGAGCAUGAGACACAACUUAAUUUAUAUAGGCAGAAGUCAGUCCUCAGAGAAUGGUGAUUGAAGAACUUGUUAAUAUUGUGUACUGUUUAUUAAACUAAAUUGUAUCAUGGUUGGUCAGUUACGUAUUUUACAGGAGUGGGUACCAAACAUCCCCAAACCAUUCUGAGCUGUCUUCCAGGGGCUUCUUCAGCAGAGACAUUGCAUGGACACUCUUGACACUACAAAAAAAAAUAAUGCUUGAAGAAAUAUCGUGAAGAAUAGUGUAUAACACUGCAGUACACUUGUAUGAUAUCUCACCUGAUUCAUGACUGACAUAAAUGCAAAUUUAAAUGUCGAUCAAGUAAAAAAAAAUAAACAAGGAAAUGGUAAUUAAUCACUUCUGUCUGAUUUCAAGAUAGCAUGAAAGUUUAGUGUCAACCCUUGUUAUCAAAUUUGCAUUAAGAGGUAAUUCUGCAGCAACACCACCAGUCCAAAUUAAUGGGUGCUUAAUUCUGAGUAUCAUUAGAGAAAAAUAGUUAUACAUAUGUACAGUGAAAUCGCAUGUUGUGCAGGAAUUAUGAUCUAAAGAUGGCACAUAAACCCCAAAUCAUGUAUAGCCAGAAUUACCCUUGAAAAUCCCUUAAAUCUCCUUUAAAUUACAUGCUUUUAAUUUAAUAGGUAUGUAAUGUGUGCAGUGAAGAUAUAUUAUACAAGUGAAAAUGUACAGUAAUUAUAAUUACACAAAAGUAGAUAGAU